AUGUUUCUCAAAGUAUAUUGUUCACAUUGUUAUUUUCCCUAUUCUAUUCCGUUACCAAUUUCUUCUUACCUUCUUCCUGUUUUUCUUACCCUCUUUUUCCCUGCAUUCCUUUUUUCGCCGCCUUCCUUAAUUGUAUUUUUUCUUUCUUUUUUUUUCUUUCUAUCACACUGUUUCCUUUGGUCUUUCCUUUUACAGCUUUCUCUCAAAUGCAGAAAUAUGCAUAAUAUUUUUUUCAAACCAAAACGUUUUGAAUUUUUGCACACACCUAAUACUACGAACUCUUUCUAUCUAUCUAUCUAUCUAUCUAUCUAUCUAUCUAUCUAUCUAUCUAUUACGACAAGAAUAACACGCUUUUUCUUUCUUUCUUUCUUUCUUUCUUUCUUUCUUUCUUUCUUUCUUUCUUUCUCAAUGUCGCGUAGGAGGUCUGCUAUCUAUCUAUCUAUCUAUCUAUCUAUCUACGACGGGCUAAUGCAUCUAUCUAUCUAUCUAUCUAUCUAUCUAUCUAUCUAUCUAUCUAUCUAUCUAUCUCAAAUGAGAGAACAACCAUUUCUGUCCUAUUUUUCUGUCAUCACUCAGCUACUUUCCAUUUCAGGGUGGUUUCGAGCCAAAAACCACGACAUUCACCAGGGACCUCGUUUAGUUUUUUUUCUCCUGUGUCUGCUCAGAGUCCUUCUUACAUCUUCCCCUUUUUCUUCUUUUUUUAAUUGUCUUGCUAUUGUAAAACUUCUCUUCCUUCCGUUGACACCAUCCUUACCUGCCGGAGGUGUAUUUGUCAACGGGAGGAUCCGUGGGUUCUUUCUUCACGACCUCACACCACCUCGUCUUAUAUCCACGACGAGUGCAUCUGGUGCAUCCCUGCUCAUUGCAAUCCAAAUCUGA